GCCGUUUUAUCUGCACUCCGCUGAUCCGUCUCGGCUAAAAUCAGAUGGGGGACAUGCAAAUCGUCCUGGCGGCGGGCAAGAUCGAGGCGCAGUACGUGGAGAUGAAGGUGCCACUCUACUCCUACGGCUGCGAGAAGAAGAUCAAGAAGGCCAUGUCGCAUCUCAGAGGGAUACAUUCGGUUCAGGUGGACUACCAGCAGCAGAAGGUGACGGUGUGGGGGAUAUGCAACCGCGACGACGUGCUCACGGCCGUCCGAAAGAAGCGGCGGGCGGCGCGGUUCUGGGACGCCGACCAGCCGGACCUGGGGGAGGACUCGAUGCCGGCGGAUGCUCGUAAGCACUACCUGCAAGCGUUCACCGCGUACAGGUUCAGGAAGUCGUGGAAGAAGCUCUUUCCGCUGAUCCGGCUGUGAUCUGGAACUCAGUUUCUGUCAGGCGAACGCCGGGCGCCGGCGAGUGCUGCAAUUCAGGAGCGGCACCGGCGUUUCGAAUAAAUGUGCUAUGAUGUUACUGUCCUGUCUUGGUUAGUUAGUAGUACUAAAAGUAUGUAGAUUGGCAGAUCGCUGUAACUCCGUGUGUGCAAAUCUGAAAUCCACGGAUAUUGAGUUACUGGCUAUUGAGACAGGGCCUCAAGUGACAAUGCCGAACUAACAGUGCUAACUUAUUAGAGGAGUGUUCAUCUAUUUACAUGAAUUUAGGGUCUUUAAAAUCAAAGG